GGGCUCCUUCUGCGCCCGCGGCACCGCCGCAGCCCCGCUCACCGCCCCGAGGCGCGUGCGCCCUUCUGGGCUGCCCCCGCCCCGCAGCGGGGAGCCGGGCUCCGGCCCCGUUCCGCCUCCCGAGGGCGGUGGUUUCAGUGCCGCCGCUUUCGCUUUCUCGCGGCGGGUAUCGCGUGGGGGUCGCGGCGUCCCGGUUCCCGAGCGCAGGGAGUCCCGGCUGCGGCCUCCGGGCUGGCUGUAGCGGGCGCGGUGCGGCGGGGGCUCGGCCAGCCGAGGCUGAACAACCCCAACUCUCUCACCCUGUGCUCAUACCGGAGGAGCUCCAGUCCCUUGAUCGUCUCUGUGGCCUCCCCUGAACUCUCUCCAACAGCUCCUGUCAUUCCUGUGCUGAGGAUUCCAGACCUGGACACAGGGCUCCAGAUUUCAAUGGAUUCAACAAGUCCCCCACUGUCUUUGAAAGAUAAUGGGUUUGUUAUGACAAACCUUGACUGUCUUGACACAUCAGAAGAUGAGAUAGAAAGACUUAAAGCAGAACUGAAGGAAUGGAAGGAAAGAGUUGAAAAAGCUGAAAAAGUGAAAGCUGACCUUCUUCUCUGUAAAAUAAGUGCUAAUGAAGAGUUUGUUAGAGCAGAGCAGGGGCUGAUGAAGCUAAAGGACCUUCAAGAGAAGCAGGAUAAGGAAAUUAUUACGUCCAGGGAUGAACAUGAGAGAGAACUCCAUUUACUGAACCAAGAAAGUGCUGAGCUGAAGAGAGCAAUUGAGAAGCUUGAAGAAGACCUUGCAGAAUGCACUUCACUGCUCUCACAGGGCAGUCAGAUUAAAAAAGAGGUAGCGGAAACAAAAAUGAAGUUUACUCACCUGGAACAUAUGCAGGAUGAUUAUCCCGAUAUGAACACUCACUGUGUUUUUAGGGUAGCUACACAAAUUCCAUUCAGACUGAAUCAAACCCAGGCACUGCUUACUUUCGAAGACGAAGAAGUUGCCCAGAGACUGUUACAAAUGGGUAAGCAUACUGUGAACCUGGAUGAGAAAAGAGCAGAACUGAGAGUGAAGCCUUUUGCACUUGAAAUGGGAAUCAAAUUUGAGCUCCAUGUCACUGUUUCUGGAAAGAAGAUCAAUGUUUCAGAAGUGCCUGAUCUGCCCAUCCCUGAAGAAUGGAUGAGAGACAAAUUAGAGUUGAAUUUCUACAAAUCCGAGCAGGGAGGAGGAGGAGGAGUAGAAAAAGUGAGCUAUGACAAGCAGUCUAGAACAGCCGCUAUUACGUUCCGCACCCCUGGAGCGACAAAUGGCUUUGUGAGAUGUACUAAACAGCCUUUCCUUGUAAAUGGAAGAUUCUAUAGACUUUCUGUGUCCCCAGACACCAACAUACACGUGGAAAAGUUUCAGCUCUGUCGUGGGAUCGCUAAGAAGACCAUUCUGUUGGAAGGAAUUGAAGAGACAGAAGAUGAUGAGGAAAGCGUACAGGACAUGAUCGAAAUUCAUUUUCAAAAGCCUAGUAAUGGCGGUGGAGAAAUAGAGACGAUCAAAUAUGUAUCAGAAGGAGUAACAUGGGUUUGUUUUGAGGAGGAUUCUUAGCAAAUUGCAGGUUGAAGUCAUGGAGUACUCAGGUUUUGCUUCAUCGGAGCCCUGUGAGGUUAUGUAGACAUUCUACUUACAAUGCUCUGAAUUUUAUACUUGACAGAGAGAACCUCCCUGUCUUUCUAGUUUGUUUAAUGGCACAGACUUGCGGAACACAUCACCUGGGUAUUCCAAAGAUUCCUGAUAAAAGUCAUAGAAAAAGCCUUUACCAGCACUUGAAACUUAACCAAAGAUUGCCUUCUGCAAGUAUUUUGUAUCUUAGAAAUUUUAGAUAGGUUGCAUAUUUAAAAAUGGGAGGAAUCUAUUCCUUCUUAACAUUUUGAUUACCAAAGCUGUAUGUUAUCCCAAUCAGACCUGCUUUUUUGAAGUGCCAUCGCUGCAGGAGGUAGCUUGGAGACAACUCUGGUCCUGCUAAGGGUGCUGUGUGCCACCACAAAGUAAAUAUCUGAACGCAAUACCUGGAUAUUUUGUAAAAUCUGCAGUGAUAAAAUAGAAAAAGGGAGAUUUACUCAAUUGCACUUUACAAGGAAUGCCAUAGCAGUAACACUGCUUUUAGCUGUUGAAAAGAUGUUCAAUGCAAAUUUCCUGACUUUCUGAUAGGUUAAUAGCCUGGUUUAUAAUUUGGUUUUAAUUAUUUUUAUUUACAAUUGUAUUUCACUUCAUUUUUGUUCAUGAUUUUGCUUCCUUUAAAAUGUUACAGUUCAAAUAUUACAAGAAUUGAAGUGAUUCUUUAUCUAAACUGGAUUGCUUUGUAACAACGCUGGGGAAAAAUUGUGAACACUGUGUUGGAGGUACCUGUAUUGUUGUGCAUGAGUGGCCGGGCUGCUGGGGGAGUGCUCCAGGAGGGUGUGAAGAGAGGAAUCAGCUGGAAAAAGGCACAUAGAGUUCAGGCCAAAUUACUUUUUCAGCAUGUAAAUUCCCCUUUUUGUUUCCAGUACAUCCUUCCAGUUUUCAUUCUGAGCAAACUUUGAAAUAAACUGGAAGU